GGCUCGGGUCGGCCGCCGUGCUCUCCAGAGCUCCCCGGCUGCUGCGAUUCCGUCUGAGACCCGGGCCACCCAAGGGGCGGUGGGCGCUUGCUGACCCUGGGCUCUGUAAAGCCCCGAAGGUAAAUCCGCCUAGGAGCCGGGCGGCUUGAACGAGAGGGGACCAACGACGGGGCUGGGCAGCUGGAUGGCGGCGGAGGGGAGCGUCGCGCGGCAAGUUGUUUCUCCAGAAAGCUGAACUCGUCGCAAAGUUUCCUGUGCAUCAGCUUGCACCCUGCGUACUGGUGGCGGGCUUUUUCCGUGCGGGUGGUCUUUGGGCGCUGCAGGGACACGGAGGUAAUUGGAUUAUUCCGCCUGGGCACAGCCCAGAUUUCUGUCCCGGACCACGCGUUGCGGUGGGCGCAGAUUUUGCCCUAGAAGGGGUGGGUAGUCGACACGCAGUUGUGUCGCGCACAGCAGUCGGGUGACCGCCACACUCGGAGCGCGCGUCUGCAAGGCGUGCCUGUUUGUCCGGAGGCAAAGUUCCAUGAUUUCUUUCCUCUUUAGGCAAGACUAACUGGGUGCUGUUCCCUCCCGGGCUGACCUCCGAGUCUCCGCUAUGGACAGCGAGAGUGAAGUGGAUAUUUCUAGCAACAGCUUAACCCCUUUGUGGCGGAGGCGGUCAACUCCUCAGCCUCAGUUGCUGGGCCGGAGCAAGCCGAGGCCCCAGUCCUACCAGAGCCCCAGCGGGUUGCUGAUCACGGAUUUCCCAGUGGAAGACCGAGGGACGCUCCCCACUGUGCAGACUCCCACCCAGGUACCCACCGCUUCUGAGGGCAGGACCGUCCAGGGGAACCCCCUGCUUCUGUGUGCCCAUAGGAGGGUGGUGACGAUCUCCCCGGAAUAUAGAGCUGUCUCUCCUCGGCUCCGACGGCCCAAGUCUCCCCAGGCUCCCAAAGCGGUGUUAGGGGGCUCCCCGAAAUCCCCAGCGAAUGGCACUGUGAUGUCCCCCCUACCGCAGCCUCUGCGCCCGCAGCGGACUCCCAACUCGCCCGCCUGCUGCAGCCGGGAGGUAGACCUGACCGGACUGACCACCAGCCCCCUGUCUUCACCCGUUGCAAAUGGGCUUUUCCCUAAAAUCGACACCCCAGGCUCUGGUUCGCGAUCUGGCCAGACGACUAAGGACCCUGAGCCGGGACCCUCGAAACUCUCUCCUGCGCCCCAGAAAAGGUCUUUGGAGCACAAACUCCCCCUCCAAAGGCUGCCCUCACAGGAGAACGAGCUCCCAGAGAAUCCUUCAGUGGUUUUGAGCACAAACAGCCCCGCCGCCCUCAAAGUGGGGAAGCAGCAAAUCAUUCCGAAGAGCCUGGCCUCGGAAAUUAAAAUAAGUAAAUCCAACAGUCAGAAUGUGGAGCCCCACAGGAGACUGCUCAAGGUGCGCAGCAUGGUGGAGGGCCUCGGAGCGUCUCUGGGCCCGGCAGAGGAUGAGGGCGAGGCGGAGAACGACGUGGACAGCCCAGGGUCUCUGCGGAGAGGCUUGCGAUCCACGUCCUAUCGCAGGGCGGUGGUCAGUGGCUUUGAUUUUGACAGUCCUACCACUUCAAAGAAGAAGAACAGAAUGUCCCAGCCCGUUCUGAAAGCGGUGAUGGAAGACAAGGAGAAGUUUUCCAGUCUGGGAAGGAUGAAGGUAAGAGUGAAAAGAAAUGGAUUAUCACAGACAGUUAGCCAGGAGGAAAGAAAGAGACAGGAGGCUAUCUUUGAAGUCAUAUCCUCUGAACAUUCCUAUUUGCUCAGUUUGGAGAUCUUGAUACGAAUGUUUAAAAAUUCUAAAGAACUGAGUGAUACAAUGACCAAAACAGAGAGUCACCAUCUUUUCUCCAACAUUACAGAUGUCUGUGAGGCAAGCAAAAAAUUCUUUACAGAGUUGGAAGCAAGACAUCAGAAUAAUAUCUUCAUAGAUGAUAUAAGUGACAUUGUGGAAAAGCACACAGCGUCCACAUUUGACCCGUAUGUGAAAUACUGCACAAACGAAGUCUACCAACAACGCACACUACAGAAAUUGUUAGCCACCAACCCAUCUUUUAAGGAAGUACUAUCACGAAUUGAGUCCCAUGAAGACUGUAGGAACUUACCCAUGAUCUCUUUCCUCAUUCUCCCCAUGCAGAGGGUGACUCGCCUGCCCCUGCUAAUGGACACUAUCUGUCAGAAAACACCGAAGGACUCUCCGAAGUAUGAGGUCUGCAAAAGAGCGCUAAAGGAAGUGAGCAAGCCUUUUAGUGAAGAAAGUUACAACGUCAAUGAUUAUUCCUUAAGAGAUCAGCUAUUGGUGGAAUCUUGUGACAACGAAGAGCUUAAUUCUUCUCCAGGGAAGAACAGUGCCACAAUGCUUUAUUCAAGACAGAGCUCUGCCAGCCACCUCUUUACUCUGACGGUCCUCAGUAACCACGCGAGUGAGAAAGUGGAGAUGCUGCUCGGGGCUGAGACGCAGAGUGAACGGGCCCGCUGGAUAACCGCCCUGGGACACAGCAGCGGGAAGCAACCUCUGGACCGAACCUCACUGACCCAGGUGGAAAUCAUUAGAUCGUUCACUGCCAAGCAGCCAGAUGAACUGUCCCUGCAGGUGGCGGAUGUGGUUCUCAUCUAUCAGCGGGUCAGCGAUGGCUGGUAUGAGGGGGAACGGCUGCGAGACGGAGAGAGGGGCUGGUUUCCUAUGGAAUGUGCCAAGGAGAUAACCUGUCAGGCUACAAUUGACAAGAACGUGGAGAGAAUGGGACGCUUGCUAGGACUGGAAACCAACGUGUAGCCGCCCCCCC